AUGAACAGGGUGACAAAGACCCACGCCACUCAGCAGCCAAUGUUCUAUGGCUCAGGCAUGGCUCCUUUCUUCAAGAUGACAGUGUUUGAGCAGGAGCACUUCCAGGGCAAGUGUCAGGAGUUCACAUUCGAGUGCUGCAACAUUCACGACUGCGGCUUCGACAACAUCCGCUCCAUCAGGGUGGAGAGUGGAGCCUGGGUGGGCUUUGAGCACCAUGACUUCCAGGGACAGCAGUUUGUGCUGGAGAGGGGAGAGUACCCCCACUGGGACGCUUACUGCGGAAACCUGUCCUACCAUGUGGAGAGGAUGAUGUCCUUCCGCCCCAUCUACUGUGCGUCCCAUCCCAGCAGUCGCAUGAUGAUCUAUGAGAAGGAGAACUUCAUGGGUCGCUGUGCGGAGCUGUGUGACGACUACCCCUCCCUGCAGGCCAUGGGCUGGUGCAACAACGAAGUGGGCUCCAUGCACGUGCAGUGCGGCGCCUGGGUGUGUUACCAGUACCCCGGGUACAGGGGCUACCAGUAUAUCAUGGAGUGUGAGAGGCACAGUGGAGACUACCAGCACUGGAGAAACUGGGGUUCUCACUGCCAAACUCCCCAAAUCCAGUCCAUCCGCAGGAUCCAGCACUGAGAGAGGACCGGCUGACUGUCACUGACUGUGCACACACACACGCAAACACACAGACUCUCACACACACACUCACACUGAUGCGCUGACGGCGCACAGCAAGACGGAUGACGCUUCACACGACAGACUGACCGACGGGCGCACCCGCGAUCCCACGCCGUGCCGUGAUUGGCCCACCGC